UGUGAUUAUUUUAUUUUAUUUUAUAUUCAAUUUGAUCUUCUACGACUUGGAAGAAGAGAUGAUAGAUUUUGACCGUUAAAUAAACUAGAUCUUUCUCCCUCCUUAACCCUAAUUAGGGUUUAACUUUUUUUUUUAAAAAUUCAAUUGAGGGCUUUCUUGUGGCAAUUUGGAUAUCCAUUAAACCUCAGACGUUUUUCUUUUUUGGGCAAAACUCUUAAUUCGCAUACUGGGUAACUGGGAUUCGAGAUAAAGAGGAAAGUUAUGAACUUGUGUACUCUUUUGGUGAGUUUUGAAGAAAGUGCUUAAAGGAAGCUGGUUGAAUUGGUUUUUCAAGAGAAACGGAAGAUGAUUGCGGAGAAACCUAGUUGGGUUAGGCAUGUGGGAAUGCAAAUUUUCUCCAUUGAUAUUCAACCUGGUGGGCUCAGGUUUGCUACUGGUGGAGGUGACCACAAGGUUCGAAUUUGGAACUUUAAGUCUGUUGGCAGGAGUUUGGAAAAUGAUGAAUCAACACAGAGGCUUCUUGCUACCCUCCAUGAUCAUUUUGGGUCAGUCAACUGUGUUAGGUGGGCUAAGCAUGGUCGGUAUAUUGCGUCGGGGUCUGAUGAUCAGAUGAUUUUGGUUCAUGAGAGGAAACCUGGUUCUGGAACUACUGAGUUUGGUAGUGGGGAGCCCCCAGAUAUUGAGAAUUGGAAAGUUGCAAUAACUUUGAGAGGUCACACUGCCGAUGUGGUGGAUCUUAAUUGGUCUCCUGAUGACUCAACAUUGGCUAGUGGAAGUUUAGACAACACCAUCCACAUAUGGAAUAUGAGCAAUGGCAUUUGUACAGCUGUUCUUAGGGGUCAUUCAAGCCUGGUUAAAGGAGUUGCUUGGGAUCCCAUUGGUUCCUUCAUAGCAAGUCAAUCUGAUGAUAAGACUGUUAUUAUAUGGAAAACAAGCGACUGGAGUCUUGCUCACAGAACGGAUGGCCACUGGACAAAAUCACUUGGAUCUACAUUUUUUAGAAGGCUUGGAUGGUCUCCCUGUGGCCAUUUCAUAACAACCACUCAUGGUUUCCAGAAGCCAAGGCAUUCUGCACCUGUUCUAGAGAGAGGGGAUUGGGCAGCAACAUUUGACUUUCUAGGACACAAUGCCCCUAUUAUAGUGGUGAAGUAUAAUCAUUCAAUGUUCAGGAGGAAUUCUUGGAAUUCACAGGAAGUGAAAGCUGCAACCGUUGGGUGGACAAAUGGAACAUCUAAGAUUGGAGGGAAAGAAUCGCAGCCAUAUAAUGUUAUUGCAAUUGGAAGUCAGGAUCGCACUAUUACUGUAUGGACAACAGCAAGUCCUCGCCCUCUCUUCGUAGCCAAGCAUUUUUUUUCUCAAAGUGUUGUGGAUUUAUCCUGGAGUCCUGAUGGGUAUUCACUUUUUGCCUGCUCCUUAGAUGGAACAGUUGCUACUUUCCACUUUGAGGCAAAAGAACUGGGUCAUAGACUGAGUGAUACUGAACUUGAUGAGUUAAAGCGGAAUCGUUAUGGUGAUGUAAGAGGUCGACAGACAAAUCUAGUAGAGAGUCCAGCACAGUUAUUGCUUGAAGCAGCCUCAGCUAAGCAAAACACAACUAAAAAAGUGGUUUCAGAUGUUCAGCCAAUUCAGACACCUUCAAAGUCUAUUGUCAGUGUAGAGGUUACUACAAAGACUUCUGAAUCUCAAGUUGAUGAUGGAAAGAAAAGUGGGGCGGCUGCUGGUGAUGGUGGGUUAAAUAAAGUGGCAACUUCAGGCCGGAUUUCCAGUCCAGUAAAACAGAGAGAAUACAGACGCCCUGAUGGCAGAAAAAGGAUCAUUCCAGAAGCAGUGGGAGUGCCUGUUCAGCAGGAAAAUAUUAGUGGUGGUAUGACAUCUCAUACGCUUGAGUUCCCUCCUGUGCCAUGUGAUAACAGAAAGGAUAAUGGGGUGGUUCCAGCUGCUGGUGGUACAAGUGAAGUUUUGAGGGGAACACUAGGUAGAGGCUCUGACAUAAAGGAGCGUAGUGGAGUUACUGCCAGGGCUACUGUUACUGAGAGCCUGAUUAUUGAGAAGGUUCUAGUAUCUGCAAGUGGAGAUGGAAGUGCUAAUGUGGAACAGUCUGGGAGUGUGAAGGCUUCUGGUUCUUUGGCUGCUAGCAGUGCAACUCUUUCUAUCAGGGUAUGUGACAAGAAAGAAGUGGUGGAUACUAUACCAGUUUGCUUGGAAGCUCGCCCUCGAGAGCGUGCUGUAAAUGAAAUUGUUGGAAUGGGGAGUACAUGUAUGAUGAAAGAAACAGAAAUUGUUUGCAUAAGAGGAACCCAAACUCUUUGGUCUGACAGGAUUGCUGGGAAAGUCACUGUUUUAGCUGGAAAUGCUAACUUCUGGGCUGUUGGGUGUGAAGAUGGUUGCCUUCAGGUCUACACUAAAUGCGGAAGACGAGCUAUGCCAGCCAUGAUGCUGGGAUCUAGUGUCACAUUCAUUGACUGUGAUGAGAGUUGGAAAUUGUUACUUGUCACAAGGAAGGGAUCCUUGUAUGUAUGGGAUCUCUUCAACAGGAAGUGUCUCCUGCAUGACUCAUUGGCAUCUCUAAUCACUACAGACCUGAAUCCAUCUGCUAAAGGAGCAGGUACAAUCAAAGUCAUAUCUGUCAAGUUAUCAAAAUCAGGUUUUCCCCUUGUCAUUCUGGCCACACGCCAUGCCUUCCUUUUUGACACAAGUCUCAUGUGUUGGCUGAGGGUUGCUGAUGAUUGCUUCCCGGCAUCAAAUUUUGCUAGCUCCUGGAAUUUCGGCUCAGUUCAGAGUGGUGAGCUGGCUACAUUGCAGGUGGAUGUUAGGAAAUAUUUAGCGAGAAAGCCCGGCUGGAGCAGGGUAACUGAUGAUGGAGUGCAGACACGUGCUCAUUUGGAAUCUCAGUUGGCAUCUUCGUUGGCUUUGAGAUCUCCCAAUGAAUAUCGCCAGUGCCUCCUUUCCUACAUCCGCUUCCUAGCAAGAGAAGCAGAUGAGUCUCGUUUACGAGAAGUGUGCGAAAGUUUUCUUGGACCUCCAACUGGGAUGGUUGAAGCCACAUCUGCAGAUCUAAAGAAUCCAGCAUGGGAACCCUGUGUACUUGGAAUGAGAAAGCACAAACUUUUAAGAGAAGAUAUUCUUCCUGCAAUGGCAUCAAAUAGAAAAGUCCAGCGGUUGCUCAAUGAGUUUAUGGAUCUCUUGUCUGAAUAUGAAAGUACCGAAAUUAAUGUAGACCAACAAGAUCCUGCAUCUCCCCCUAGAUCCACAUUAGCAACUGAUCAAACAGACUCUGCCCCACUGGCUACUGAUAAAAUGAAUUCUGCCCAACUGGCUGCUGAUCAAAUGAAUUCUACCCCACCAGCAACUGAUCGAAUGGACUCUGCCUCUACAGCAAAUGAUCAAAUGGACUCCACCCCACCACCAGCAACUGACCAAAUGGACAAUGCUGCUCUAGCAACUGACCAAACGGAUACCAUCAUGCCAGGAACUGGCCAAAUGGACUCUACCCCGUCAGCAACUGACCACCCUGCCCCACAAAGAAAUGACCAGAUGUACCCUGUCCCACUACCAACUGAUCAGAUGGAUUCUGCCUCCCCUACAACUGAUCAAAAGGACUCCACUACAUUGGCUAUAGAUGUGAAGGACUCUGCAUCUUUUUCAACAGAUAAUUUGAAUAUAGUUUUGCCAGUGACAGAACAAGUAAAUCUGGAACCCAUGCCAGAUCAAGGUAAUCUGGCACCAGCUGCACAAGAUUCUGGUUCCUGAAUUUGCAUCUCUGGGAUGAUAAACAUCAAAGGCAAUUUUUUAGGAUAAGAGCUUGCUUACUCAUGGUGCUGCUGAAGAGUGAAGUGGAUAUCUUUUGGUUUUUGGUUAUUUUGCAUGAAAUCCAUCCUCCUAGUAUGUGCAGUAAAAAAGCUUUUUCAGUUUAAAAAGCUUUGUUUUCUCUCGUUAGCUCAUUGAAGCUUCACCUUGGAAUGUAACAGAGAAUUUCCCUCCUUUAGUUGACAAAUUUUCAAUAUCUGCCCGUUUAUAGUUUGUGUAACCAAUGUGAUGGAUGUUAUUUCCUGUAAAAAUUUUAAGCAUAAAGUGAAUUAGAUUAGUGGAUAAGUUGGGCCAUAUUUCACUUAAA